GUGGAAUACAAAAACGUUAUAUUUAUUUUACUGUGUUUCCUAGGGAGUUCCUCCGACAAUGGCAACGAGUGAAACCAUUAAAUGCAGCGUAUCUGUGUUUGUCUUUUAAUAUCCAACAGAGUGCAUCCGUGCUUAUAUAAAUCAUCAUCCCUCCGCUCACUUGACACCAAAUCACAAAACAUGUACAAAAUCUUUUUAUAUCGUCUUUCGUUCUUUUCUCACUGCCUCUUGAAACUAAAUUCAUGAACUAGCCACCGAAAGAUGCUUGCAACAGAAUAAAAAAAGGCUUAUAUAAUAAUAUAAUAAUUAUAAUAAUAUAACUUCAAAGUAAACUCUCUUAUGUUGUUAUAUUUGAAAUGUUGUAAUUCUGCAACAUAAACACAUCAGUAAGGUCACAGUGUUGACCAUUUUCAACUACCUCUACCCACAGGAUGUCACUGUUUCUUUCCUCUUUUUACACGUUUGUCGCCAUCUUUCGGAGAAUAUAAAAAAUGUGUAUCAUAUGUGCCAAAUUGUUACAUUUUAUACAGUUUUAUUUACCUUCAGACAAUUCAACUUUUGGUAAAAUGUUCAAUUUAAAUAUAAAUGUUAUUUUAUAUUUAGUAGGAAUGACUUUAUUUUUAUUAUGCGCCCAUAAACAUAUCAGGUAAGAACAGCCAUUGAAAUUCACAUUUACUCUAUAUCUAAUUAAUAGUACGGCAUAAGGAGGCUUAUUUUAUUCAAUGUACAGUAAAUAAACCAUUUAAUUCAUCCUGAUACCCCUUCAGUUGUCUGUAUGCCUGAAAUAAUAAAGCGAUAAAAAACACAAGUUAUUUAAAAUGAUUUGGGUUGUUUCUUACAAACUUCAGCUCUCAGUCUCUGCUGCACUGUAUUUGACAAGCGCUCCAUCAAGAGAAGACACUUUAUUCAAGGUGGUUCGCCGCAGGGAGGAAGACGGGCGCGCGCAUUGAACGCUGUCUGGUCUUUGAGAAGCUGAAAAAACACCGAUACUACGCGCGCUUAUACACCACAGACAGCGGCGCGGCACGAGCGCCUCGAAUAAACCAGGAGGAUGGUUGAUGCGCGAAACCUAGGCCAGCCACGUAGCGAUGGCUUGUAAACGUUAACAGCGGUGGUUUGGUACAAUUUAGCCUCAACCCCAAACUAUUUACGAAUGUCUGCUCAUGCAAACUCGUCGCAAAUACUCAGAACACAUGCCACCGAGCAGUUUGUCCGAAGAAAAUAAAGAGCGGUGUUGUUUCAUCCGAACCCUUCAACUUGAGGUGCACGGAAUGAGGGAGAGGGCGCUCGUGCCUCGGGUGAGUACUCGAACGAAGAGCUCGCUAACGUUACAAGUUAAUUUCUGCUUUUACACUUUUGCACGAUGACAGUUGUUCGCCAUAUGCAAAACGACAACAACAAGGAAAUCCUCGUUGGACGCCUGUGAAGGUAGUGUCUGGCUGCAGGGUGCUGAUUUGAAUCCGUUGAUAAUGACUGCUAGAUCAGAGCGGUGAAGCCGGCGGCGCGGAGACGCCGUCAAAACUCAGACAUAGAGGAGGCAGCUUUUGUGUCUGAUACAGAAGAGAUCGCAGAAGAGUUGCCGCCGUUCCUUUGCAAAUGAAAUGAGGCGCUGUUGAGACUGACACAGAUCUGAAGCAAAGAAAAUUGCACAGCAAGACACACUUCAUGUUAGAACUUUGAGAGCAAAUCAAAAUUCUGCUUUUCUUUUUUACGCCAUAGCAAAGCCAUGGAGGCUCAACUUGGGCUUGGCUAACUGUUUUGGGGUCUGUCCCCAUUCCGCUCUUUCCGUUUGCCUUUCCCCCCUCUAGUUUGUCUUGCCCUCCUCUCAUUCACUGGGGAGGAGGGGUACGUUGCUCCCUGUAUCUCCUUCACAGGAAAUAGUGGUUUGUGUGAAACUUCAAGAGUAAAACAAUCCGACUGAACAUUUUAAAACGCAGCCACUCGAGCAAACUGCUGCAGAUGAAAUCGGCAAGCCUGACACUUAAAGAGGCGGUGUCUGGCCCAGAGACAAUGUCUCAGGAGGAGGCACAAAUGACCCAACCCCCUCAAACCUACUUCCACAACACCUUGACUCCUGAUGCCGAGCUUUCAGCCAAACUUUACAAACGAGACGUUGCGGCCAAACCCUUUUCGGUGGUCAUCGACAACACGAUGGCCAUUAGACCCGACCCACUGAUGCCCUCUGAGAUAAAUCCUCAUCCCGCCCAGACUCAACAGUUUUACAGGGAAAACUCUGCCACGUCUGCAUUGAAGGGGGUGCCGCGGAGCAGAAAUGGGGGGACGUCGGAAGAUUCCGAAGGUGAAGAAGGAGCAGGGUUGGAGGGCGAGAUUAAACCAGGGCAGAUCAUCGUGGAGGUCAACCUGAAUAAUCAGACUUUACACGUGUCCAAGGGAGACGACGCAGAGAGUCCUAGCACUGUGGGAGAUCAUAAAAGCAACAGUGAGGAGGAGGAUGAGGAGGAAGAAGAAGAGGAGGAGGAUGACACCGAGGAAGAUGAUAGCGUAGAUGACAACGACAGUGCAGAGGAGUCUCUGGAAGAGGAGGAUGAGGAUGAAGACGAGGAAGAGGAGAACAACAGUUGCCAAACAAGAGCACAACGGGGAAACAGGGGUCGAGCGGCUGCUUCGCCGCGACGCAAUAGCCGGCGUGUAACUGCAACAUUGAAAGGAUGUGCAGCUACAGCGACCACCGGCAUGACAACGAGGGGGCGGAGGAAAACAACUGCGGCCCCGCUCCAAAAGCGUAGAUCUGCCAAGAAAGCAAAAGUCUCAGCCUCCUCUGCCUCAGGAAAAACGGUAGGGCCCAAGGGAGAGGGCGAGGAGAAAGAGACGCUAGCGUGUGAAAAAUGUCCACGUGUAUUUACUUCUCGCUGGUACCUGGAGAAACACAUGAAUGUCACGCACAGACGCAUGCAGAUCUGUGACAAGUGCGGGAAGAAGUUUGUGCUGGAAAGUGAACUUGCUUUGCAUCAGCAGACAGACUGUGAGAAGAACAUUCAGUGUGUGUCAUGUAACAAGUCUUUUAAGAAGCUGUGGUCCCUCCAUGAGCACAUUAAGAUUGUUCAUGGCUUUGCCGAGAAGAAAUUUGCCUGUGAGAUUUGUGAGAAGAAAUUCUACACCAUGGCCCAUGUCCGCAAGCACAUGGUCGCUCACACAAAGGACAUGCCAUUUACCUGUGAAACCUGUGGAAAGUCUUUUAAGCGCAGCAUGUCCCUGAAAGUGCAUUCACUCCAGCAUUCAGGAGAAAAGCCCUUUCGUUGUGAGAACUGUGAUGAGAGGUUCCAGUAUAAAUACCAGCUGCGGUCUCAUAUGAGCAUUCACAUAGGACACAAGCAGUUUAUGUGCCAAUGGUGCGGGAAAGACUUCAACAUGAAACAGUAUUUUGAUGAGCACAUGAAGACGCACACAGGUGAGAAGCCAUUCAUCUGUGAAAUAUGCGGCAAGAGUUUCACCAGUCGUCCCAACAUGAAGCGUCAUCGCCGCACACACACAGGAGAAAAGCCGUACCCUUGUGAUAUCUGUGGGCAGCGCUUUCGCUUUUCCAACAUGCUCAAGGCCCACAAAGAGAAGUGCUUUCGGGUCACCAGCCCGGUGAGCCUUCAGCCUGCCACCAUGGCACUUCCAAUUCACCUCACAGGCCACACGCCCUCGUCAUCAGGCCUCGCCCCCAGCCCGGCCCAACCCACUCAGUUAUCGCCAUCCAUUGCGCAAGUAGGUCCUGGAAUGAUCAGUCCUGCCACUGGGCUCCUGCCACAAAGGGUGGUCACCACACAUGGCUUAUCUCAUUUGCACCUGCAGGCUGCACCCGCACAGCAUCACAUUGCGCACAGUCACAUGCCGGUCCAUCACACAGGACACGCCCCCAUGACGACCCACACCCCUCAGCAGGUUUCAGUGCAGUCUUCUGUCCUGCCCCCUCCUCCUGCUCUUUUUAAGAGCGAGCCAAUAAACCAUUGCGCACAUGAGGACGUGUACCUGCGACAGGGUGCCGCUCAACAGCACCACUAACACAUAUUCCCUAAUGCAGCUCAUAUCAGGUGCUCAUUGGAGCAGACAGACAUAUUUCUGCAUUACACACUUGUCUUGUUCACACAAGAAAAAACGGGAGGAACUCUUGGUGGAUUGUGUUACGUGUUUGAGGAAGAUUUAAAACUGAUGACUCAUGACCAAACUGGAUUGUUAGACGACUGAACUCGAAUAACUCCAAAAUUACAAACACAUCACUUACCCGACACAUUACUCCGAUUCAUCUAACUUUAAACUCUGGUUGUGUAUCACGAUGAUCAAAAGUUGUCAUUCAAUUUGAAAUGGCACAAACAUGUUUUUUCUGUCUCUUAUCAACUCAGCUGCUGUUGCAAAGGUUCUACGGGUUCAAACAUUCACAGGUCAAAGGUCUACAUUUCAAAAUCACCAAUUAAAAUCAUUUUUACAAAAUGCAGUAUAACCUCUUUAGAAAUGCAGGUCUUCCCUAUCACACAAAAUACUCUACGAAGUGAAAUACUGACAAACAUACAUGGAUUAUCAUUCAAACAUAGUAUGCAGCACUUAAACUCAGUGUAUUCAGUUUGACUGAAACUUUUCUGUCGCCUGAUUGUGGUUGUUGUUGACAUUUUAUUCCAAUAUUGGAGUUUCUUUCUUUUUAUGAAAUUGUGCUGACUGGACAAUGCCUGUAGCUCUCUGGCGUGUUCAGUCGGAGGUUGAGACUGUUAAGAAAGACCAAUGCUGUGAUGUGUUAUUGGAGGACUGCAACUAAAGUGGAAAACCAUGAUUCAUUAUUUUACUGUAUGUGCUAUGUAUGAUCUAACUCACUUAACCAAUAUUUUUAUUUGUAUAAUGUAGAUAAACUUACUCUGUGAGAAUUUUUAAGAGGAAAUGGAAUUUGUAUGUUUAGGUGAUGUGUAUGUGUGCGAGAGUGUGUGAUGGGUUGGAAUAAUGGAAAAGGUUUGUUUCUAAUGUAUUCAAACAGAAUGUAGGGCAGGACUGUUUGUAUGUGUAUAUCUCUUUGUGGUGCUGGUAUCAAAAGCUGCUUUUUAGUUGCUCUGUUUUCCUGGUACAUGAUACUUUAUCAUGCAGAUUGAUAAAAGUUUGUCUGUAAAAAUUGUUUGGUUAGGUGUAACAGUAUAUAGCGGCACAGAGAAAGCAAUUGGUCAAUCAGACUAUCGAUUGUGUGAUUUUGUUCAUUCUCAUAGACUGUCCUCUGCACUUUACUGCCAAGUUAAAGGUUGACAAAAGCAACUGAAAAGAAUAAUCACGUUCAGUGUGUGAAAGAUGGAAACUGGGGAGAAUCAGACACUGAUCACUUACGUCACAAAAUGUAAGACGUAUUUCGGCCCAUUGAUACCUAUGGAGGUGGCUGUCAAUCAUUUUUAGGCAUUGCAUUACAUAUGUCUGAUCCUCUCCUUUCUCCAUCAAUGGAUGGAAUGCACUUUCUAAUAAAAUCUUGCUAAAUAGUUAAAAUACGCAGACCAUAAUAAUGUUUAUUCUUGUGAGAUGUUUUAAAAACAAAUGGACAGUCUUCUCUCAUCUAGUCUGUCUCCGUGUCUCUACCCACUCGACUUAAGCAUUGUUUUGUUAGCAUUGUGUCUGGUACAAAAACGUCUGACCUUUACUUUGUUAUAUUUUGUUUUUCUGUUUUCGAGAGAUCAUGAUGGAUUUGCAUUAAUGUUGAGCCUUUUUAUAUAAUGUUCAUUUAACACACUUUCUGCUAACCUUAAAGAAGUAAAAAAGAAAUAUGAAAUAGA